AAUAUCUAGUAUAUACGACUAUCCGCCUUGGCCGUUUUGUCAACCAGACUACCGGGAAAUCGUCCAUACGGCGAAUCGAAUAUGCCCGCAAGCAUCCGCAAUGCGGUCCUAACCGCUCUCUCAGUGAUACCAACGGCCCGAUCCGUUGCGCAUAUUCCUGUGAGAGGCGGUGAUACGACACUUCCUGUGUUACGUUCUCAACAAGAUACUUGCAAUCAACUUAAACAGGCCUUAACCGGCGUAAAUGGCACAUUAUUUCCCUCAGAUGGAGCAACAUAUGAAGAUUUUGAGGAAGAGAACUACUCUGCGGCGUGUAGACUACCGGCUGCUUGUAUUGUAAACCCCAAGAGCGCGCAGGAAGUCUCAACGGUGAUAAAGAUCCUCUCCCAGACGGGUACCAAGUUUGCCGUUAGAAGUGGCGGCCACAAUUAUAUUCCAGGCUUCGCCAGUAUUAACGAAACGGGAGUUUUGGUCUCGCUUUCGAAUUUAAACACCACCGUGUUGUCGACGGACAAGAAGACCGCCAAAAUUGGCCCCGGAAACAGAUGGGAGGAGGUCUAUGGGGCUUUAGUUCCUCAAGGGGUAACUGUCGUCGGUGGUCGUGUCGGUCCUGUCGGAGUUGGCGGAUUGAUGCUAGGAGGUGGACUAAGUUACUUCGCGACCCAACGGGGUCUCGCGUUUGACAACGUCAAGUCGUACGAGGUGGUCCUCGCUAACGGUUCCAUCGUCAAUGCCUCCGCCAACAACCAGUAUUCGGAUUUGUAUAAAGGAUUACGAGGCGGCGGUCCCAAUUUUGGCAUAGUCACCAACUACGAACUCUACACGUUUCCUGUUGGGAACUUCUCCGUCGAUGCACGAGCGUAUAAUACGAACCAGACCGAUGACUUCCUACGCGCUAUAGCCGAGUACCAGCAAGAAGGACAACUAGACCCCUUGUCAAGCGUUAGUAUCCAAGUACUCGAGACUGGCCCAACGAUCAUGCUGCUCUACAACGAACCGGUACAGUCGGCUAAGGCGUUCGAUGCCUUCUACAAUCUUGGGUCGUACACAUCGAUCGCAGCUUUCAAUGGCUCACUCAUCGAUGUGCUGGCUCUAACCGGAUCACGAUUUUCGACUGGAAAUGUUAGCACGUACGGCGAGACAUUUACCCACAAAGUUAAUGCAGACUUAAACGUGGACUUGUACAACAUCUUCGUCGAAGAGACAGCCAACCUCCCCAGCGGUGCUUCAGGGGCUUGGGUGCCGAACCCAAUCGCUGCCAGCGUAGCUACCGUUGGGAAGCAGUACGGGGGAAACUUAAUUGGUUUACAGGAGGUUCCGCAACAAUGGUAUGAAUGGUUCAUCACAUGGACCGAUUUGACACAGGAACAGGCCAUCUGGAAUAUAUCUCAACGAAUAACGCAACGAUGCACCGCUGCUACCGCGGCGAAAAACGCGUCCCUGCCAUACCUUUUCACGAACACGGCGGGCAUGGAACAGAACGUGCUCGGUAGUUUUGGCUCGAAGAAUGUCAACACCAUAAAAGCGAUAGCAGCCAAAUACGACCCGGGACAAAUAUUCCAGAAAUUACAGAACGACGGAUUCCUCAUUAGAAAGUUAUAAGAGAGGGAACCCAUAUUUUGCUCGUUUAUUAUAUUUUAUUUUACACCUUGUGAGGACGGCUGGUAUAUAGACUGGAAGGCUUUGAUAUGGACGAUACCCCCAAAAAGAAUUAGUAUAAUAGAUAAUAAUACAUAACAGUUAUGACUAUUUAGACCUCGUGACUUCGUGAUCGCGGGAUCUGUAAGAUUUGCAGGAAAAUAAUUUGUUCUGGACUUCGAUAAAUUCUCAGACGGAUCGCACCGAAGUACCUAAAAAGGCAAUUGUGCUUCCAUUGGUUAUGACUUCAUAGUUAACCCAGCCUGCCCAGCCAGCUUCAUACUCGAAGGGUACUGCCGAUUUCGAAGAUAUAUACCUAACG